AUGUUUCUUAGUAAUUCAGCAGGUGAUGCUAUUGCCCCAAGACACUUUGGUGUCAAUAGCUCUUUCCAAAGCAAAACCUUUCACAUGAAGUUGACCAUUAUUGCUGCCAAAGGAUUGAUUAACACGGAUUCAGGAAAGAAUGGUGAUGUUUCGGAUCCAUAUUGUGUUGCUUGGUUGGGAGGUAAAAAGAAGGAACAAUUCAAAACUCGUGUCAUUGAUGAUAAUCUGAAUCCAGUGUGGGACGAAACUUUUGAGAUUCCUCUCGAGCAUAAUCCCGAGCAAUAUGUUCUAAUUUGUCAAUUAUAUGAUAAGGACACUUUCACAUCAGAUGAUUCUUUAGGAUUUGCAGCAGUUUCACUUUCCAUCCUAAAGCUCAAAGAAGGAGAACCAUUUGAAAUGUGGUUGAAUUUACAAGGAGUUCCAAAAGGAUCAUUGAAUGUACGAAUUGAACCUUUGGAUUUUUCUAUCAAUGAUGGAUUUGUCUCAAGUAAUUCAGAGGAAAUACCACAAAUUGAUCUGACAAACUUUUUGAAGGAAUAUAAGAAUGAGAAGGGAGGAGGAUUUUCCACACGAGGCAGAAGUUUGGCAUCUAUUUUGAGUGGAAAUAUUUCAGAAAAGGAAUCACAUCGUUUGGAUAAGUUGUUUGGUGUUGAAUAUUUGGAGGAUGUUUAUGAUAGUUUGAGAACUGGAGAUGUGUUACUUCACUCUGGAAAGGGAAAUUUCUCUAAAGCUAUUCAAUUGGGAUUUUCUUCGACUUGGUCUCACUUAUCUGUGAUUAUUAGAAAUCCACCGAAAGAAGUAUUGGAUGCAUACAAUGUUAAAGUUGAUCAUUCAUCUCAUUAUUCAACUGUUUUUGUUGCUGAAUCAGAAACUGAUACAGUUGAUAAUAAGGAAGGAGGUGGAAUUCAAUUGGUUGAGUUGAGAAGAUGGUUUUUGGAUUACUUGACAAGAGAUCCAACUGAUUUGUGUUGUCUGAGAAGAUUAAAUAUUCCAUCAAUGGGAGAAAGACCUAAGGAAGAGAAUAUUACAGAACAUUUCCCAUCCCUUGUUGAAUAUUUAAAGAGAUGCACAACCAAAAAAUAUGAAACAUCAAAAUCUGAAUUGUUGAAAUGUGUCAUUAAGAGAAAUACUCAAUCAAAUGAUUCAAAUGUUUUCUGUUCAGAGUUUGUGGCAGAAUGUUAUACUAAAAUGGGUCUUUUACCACAAAAUACAAUCACAUGCAACUAUGGUCCACGAGACUUUAGUCAGGAAUCCAAUUUAGUUAACACAGUUCUAUUGAAAGGAGCCAAUUUGACACCAGAAAAGAGAGUGAGAGUCAAGGAAUGGGACAAGGAGCACGAUUGGGCCAUUCAUCCUUAA